AUGGAGAGCGUCGGGGUGAUGAAUAUGGCCACCGGCGAUGAUUCCCCCCUACGGCAGGGUGCCGGAAUAGGGCCCCGAUUGGUUUUUGGUCGCUACAGAGGCUUGCGGCGGCGGAACUCUCGAUCUAGGUUUAUUUCUGGGGCUUUUGGUAUUUAUAAGAUUUUUUGGCGUCGGUUUCAAAAAGUACAAACUGUAGGCCCGCUGGCCAGUGACCCCAACCCAGCCACCACCGACAUCGCGCCCGGGCUCCGCGGCUUCUGGCCCCUUUCCGCAGCAUCAAACCGGAGGGGAAAGGAGGGGGAGGAGCGGGAGGAGCAGCAGGCGGAGGAGAUGUCGGAAUCGGAAUCGCGGGGGCGCGCCGACGCAAUGGCCGUCGGGGAGGGAGGGAUGGAGGAUGAACUUCUAGGGUGUGGUGUGGGGUGCUGGUUCGUGCGUGGUGGAUUGAUUGGGCGAGUUGUUAGCAGCGGGCGGGAUCCUGGGCCUACCUGUGGCGUGACAAUUUAUUAUACCAUCAAUCAGUUGAACAAAAACAUCAGCUUGAGCUUGAUGAAAGCUAUCAGAGCUAGGGCAAAGAAGUACAAGAAACUGAAAGACAAGGUCCCUGCCGCUUCCCACAUUUGGAGGAAAGAACUUGGCUCUCGCAGUAAAGGUCUGAAAUGCUGUGUAUGCUUGAAGUCUGUUUCACCGCCACAGUAUUUGGGGGGGACUAUCCAUGAGUGUGAUAUUUGUGGUGCCACUGCACAUCCGAGUUGCUCAGGGAAUGCACACAAAGAUUGCAAAUGCGUUUCUAUGGUUGGUCUUGACCAUGUCAUUCACCAGUGGGCUGUCCAGUGGAUUGACACAGCAGAUCGAUCUGAAGAAGACUCAUUCUGUUGCUACUGUGAUGAAUCUUGCAGUGGAGCUUUUCUCGCAGGGUCUCCAAUUUGGUACUGUAUGUGGUGUCAACGGAUAGUGCAUGUUGAUUGCCACAACAACUUAGCCAAGGAAACUGGUGAUGUCUGUGACUUGGGCCCAUUGAAACGGUUGAUACUAUCACCUCUGUGUGUCAAGGAGCUUCAUAGGACAGGUGCAACAGGACUUUUCAGUUCUAUCACAAGUGGGGCUAAUGAAUUGGCUUCCACUGUGCGGGAGACGAUUAGAAUUCGUAGCAAAAGGUACAAAAAAGACAUUGGUCCUUCUCAGCCAGAGAGCCCUGGGACUGCUGAGCCACAAUCUGACACUGACGGAGACUCAGAAGGAUCAAACACCACUGCUAAGAGAGAUGAUCAUGUCAAUGGUAAACUUCAUGAAGUGCAUCAAAGCACUGAAUCGGAAAAAGAUAAACAGUUCAUAGCGGAUAACGCUACUAGCAGGCCAAAUGGCCAGCAUGAGAUGUCCCAUGCCCAGAAUAAUCAAAAAUAUGAAAUUGUGGACGUGCCUUCUGAUUCUAGGCCAUUGCUAGUUUUCAUUAACAAGAGAAGUGGUGCCCAGAGUGGCGAUUCACUGAGACAGCGCCUGCAGAUCCUUCUUAAUCCUUUACAGGUAUUUGAGUUGGGCAAGCAUCAAGGACCAGAAGUUGGUUUAUCUUUGUUUCGGAAGGUACCUCACUUCAAAAUUCUUGUUUGUGGUGGUGAUGGCACGGCUGGUUGGGUUUUGGAUGCCAUUGAGAAACAAAAGUUUGAAGCGCCACCUCCUGUAGCCAUCCUUCCAGCUGGUACUGGCAACGAUCUUGCGAGGGUUUUGUCUUGGGGUGGUGGUCUUGGUGUUGUUGAAAAGCGGGGAGGUUUAUUCUCAGUUUUGAAAGAUGUCGAGCAUGCGGCAGUUACUGUUCUGGACAGAUGGAAGAUCACUAUAAAGGACAAUCAAGGGAAGCUCAUGUGUUCACCAAAAUUUAUGAACAAUUACUUUGGGGUUGGUUGUGAUGCAAAGGUUGCUCUAGAUAUCCACAACCUGAGGGAGGAAAACCCUGAACGGUUUUAUAGCCAGCAAUAUGAUUUAGUUUCUCUGCAGUUCAUGAAUAAAGUGCUUUAUGCAAAAGAAGGCGCAAAGAAUAUCAUGGAUAACAUGUUCUAUUAUUUUCCUUGGGAAGUCAAGCUUGAGAUAGAUGGAUCCAACAUUGAAAUUCCUCAGGACGCCGAAGGUAUCCUUGUGGCCAACAUCCGGAGCUACAUGGGAGGGGUUGACCUGUGGAAGAAUGAGGAUAGUGUCUCCGACACUUUCCAACCUCAAUCCAUGCAUGACAAGACGCUGGAAGUAGUUAGCUUCACAGGAAUGCUGCAUCUUGGAAGGCUGCAGGUAGGGCUUUCUCGCGCGCAAAGGUUGGCUCAAGGGCAUCAUAUAAAGAUUGAGAUCACUACUCCGAUGCCCAUCCAAGUCGAUGGAGAGCCAUGGUCUCAGGAGCCAUGCACCAUAGAAGUUUCUCAUCACGCCCAGGCCUUCAUGCUGAAGAGAGUCUCUGAAGAGCCUAUAAGCCACGCCGCGUCCAUAAUGGCCGACAUCCUGGAGAACGCCGAGAACAGCGGCACCAUCUCGGCCUCGCAGAAGAGUGCUCUGCUUCAGGAGAUAGCGUCUAGGCUUUUGUAG